UGCUCUUCCACCACACAACAUCAUGAUUUAAAUAUUUCGAUGUCCCAGCCAUGGCGCCCAUUCGCAGAUAUCUAAGAAUCACGAAAUAUUCGGUCCUAGAAUGUCGGAUUUACCUUGAUAAUCCUGCAUUAGCAGAGAGCUGGCUACUCAACUCUAGGAAUCCCAUUCUGCCUCACGUCAUUGAGAGUGUUCGACCUCUAGUUCUGCCCAAGCUCCGUGAAGAGAAUGAGCGCAGCAAGAAAAGCGGCAAGAAGAAAGGAGUAAAAGAUGUCGUCGUUGAAGAGGAUUUCGAGGUCUCUAUCUUCUUGACCGAAACGAGUACGCGGCACUCUCUCCUUUCGAAGCAGAAGCAUUUCCGCGACAAAGGCAAGAAGACCUUGCAGUCAAAUUCUUCCAAGCUUACAGGGGACACGAACGAUACGGCGAUCGAAGUUGAAGAUGCACCGAUCAUUAGGAGGGAGGAUAGUGAUGAGGAUGAGCCUAACCUAGAGGAUUUGCCGGCUGCAGAAGACGAGGGAUCAGACAGUGAUGGCUUGUUUGUUGACGAAGAUGCUGGGCAACGAAGAUCCAAACGGCCAAGAGCUACAACAAAUGACUCAACCUCUACAGUCUCUCUAGGCUCUGAGCCCUCGACGAAACGGCGGAGAGAUGGCCAAGAGGAAAUAUCUGCCGAGGACGGAGAUGACAAGAAGAAAAUGGCAAUGGAUACAACGUAUGAUGGGUUUGCGAUCUACGGCCGCGUCCUCUGCUUGGUGGUCAAACGGAAAGACAAGAAGGGAAAGGGACCCGCAUCCCUAGGCAAUGGACAAGCCACCAUGGAGAAUUGGAUCACGUCAACACAAAUGCCGCCCCAAGACGACGAAGUGUCUUGAAGAUGAAGAUGCGGGAGAAUAGAUCUCGGCGUGGUCUGCCUGAGACAUGCUAUGGCUAUGGCUAUGAUGAGGUGAUAUCAAAGGUGGGGAACACGCGUCGAGGGGUCUCAACAUCCCACUAUCGAGUUCACCAUGGCAUCUUUCCAAAAUAGCCAUCUGAGAUCAGCAUGUUUUAUGGCUCGACGAUCACUCAAUCUACAUCUUGCGACGGAGCAUGGUGCAAGCAUUCGAGGCACGCGUGAUGUUGCUCCCCUUCGGUCCU